AUGAGUGAUAGUAGUGUUUACUCGAAUGCAACCGCAACACUGGCGCGCCGAAAAAGGACCCUUAUUUUCCAUCCCAUCUCGCGAGGAUUCUUUCGUGUAAACAUUAAGGAUGCAAUCGCCGAUAACACCACGAUCUGGGCGCAAGGUAUCGGGUUUCGUAUGAACAUUGAGUUUUACAACCCGCCCGGGCUGAAGAUCACUCGCCGGGAUGUGCAUCAGUCGCUCGAAAGCAUGAUCAUGUCCCACGGGUUCGAUGGGCGUGCCUGCAUCCUGCGCACCUUCUGCGAGGUCUCCAAGGCCAUGACACCGAAGAGCGGCAUCCUGUUCAAGCUGUUCAAGCUCAUCUUCCGAUCGAAUGCGCCCGGCUCUGAUGACAGUUCCUCCAUCGGUUCUUCAAACAGUUUGCCGGAGGGUGACGACGAGUACUUCCCUUACCUGACGGCGGACGAUUGUAGCGAGCUCGAUCGGCACUGUCCCAUCACGCAGCUCGAUAUGGAGGGUAUGGCGGAACCGGCGGCAACCGAGGCGGUCAGUGAGUCCGUACGCACGGGCUUUUACUGA